GUAAUUUUAGCAGAGCCAUCAGCAACAACUAAAUUCAUAUUACUUUAGACACAUAUUCCUUGAUAGGUUACGAAUCCAUACCCAUAAUUGUAUAUACUAAUUGAAUAUGACAUAUUACAGUAAAUCCAAUACCUCAUCAAUAUGUAAAAAAUGUGAAGCAAAUGUCAAAGCAUAUGGGAAACCGACAGCUUGUGAAUAUUGCAACAUUAUAGCCGCUUUUAUAGGUAACAAAUGUCAGAGAUGUACCAAUUCUGAACGCAAAUAUGGGCCGGCUGUCACGUGCGAGCAAUGCAAACAGCGGUGUGCCUUUGAUAGACAUGAUGAUAGUAAAAAGGUGGAUGGAAAAUUGCUUUGUUGGCUGUGUACUCAGUCGCUUAAGAGAGCACUGGCGAGAACCAAGCAGCACCUAUCCUCUGUUGACAAACACAAACACAGAUCGCACAAAUCUAAAAGUGGUCACAAAGAGAAACGCAAGUCGGAUAUGAUGAAAUCUAUGAAUGCGAGUGAUUCCUCGCUCAAUGAUUCUCAACCUUUAGAAAAGAAGUCCAAGAUGAAUCCAAUGCAAGUUAUAACUUUUCCAGGUGAACUGGACCCAAACAGCUCGGAUCAUGUCGUAGCGAUGACGCAGUUGAAAGAGACCAUUGCGAGUCUACAAAAGAAGGUGCAGCAAAAAGACAUGGAGUUGCUGGCUAAAGACAGACAGAUAACUGAACUAAAAGCUCAACAUCUAAACAGCACAACCGACCUCCGUAAUGAGAUGAAAAAUAAAGAGCGCCUCAAUGAGACUAAGUUCAACUUGAUGAACACCAAGAUCCAAAACUUACUGAAAGAGGUUGCGACCCUUAGCAAGUCCGCCAGGAAGAACAAUAAAAACACUAAAACAAUUCUGGCUAACGCAGAGAACAGCGGCAGCGGCACAGACAGCCCGAGCACUAACUAGAACAAUUUCGCUAUUAUUCACUCGACGUUUCUAAAUUGCGGAAAAUAUUUUCCUCUUAUUUUUUUACUCUACAAAUGUUUUAUUUGUAGAUUUUUUUCUAAUCAUAAGUGAUUUUAGUUUUUAAUUUAUAAAUAUUCAUUAUUAGAAUUUUUACCAUUUCACCAACAUGUUUAUCAUCUUUUUAUUUUUUUGUCAGUUAAGUCUUCAUUUAAUGAGUGUUAACUUAUGCGGGUUAAAAGGUAUUAAAGACUAGUACACUUUAAUUCAGGAAUUUUGGAGAUUAUUUUAUGGUUGCAUAUUUAAAUUGAUUUAUUCAUCUUCAUUAAACUAAUUUUUACUUUCUGCCGUACUCUAUUGUCUGUUAAAUGAUAUCAAUUUAGUUCAUAGAUUUUGAAUGAGAAUUGAGUAUAAUGAUGUAAAAAUAAAAAUCAGCCAAUGAAUCAAUCACAUUGUGAUAGAACAUUUUGUAUGGUACAAAGUCAUAUUAUUUUGUAUUGUGUUAUUCUUUAUCACAUGUAAUGUUUAAAUAGAAGCAUUAGAAUUGUAUUUAAGAACUAAAUGUAAGGUUAUAACUUGAUUAAAACUGUAAUAAUAAGUUGUUAUACAGCCGUGUUAAAACUUAACACACUGAAAUAAACUUCUGACUAGAUUGUAAGCGUCAUGGCAACGAUAGAUAACAAAUUACAUUUUUUACGCCUGUAUUGUAAAUUGCUCCUCAAGUAAGAAGAAAAUAGCCAAGGAAGGCCCAGAGGCCAAUGCCAGAGCAUUGUUUUGUCCAACACCCGAAUUAAAGUAAUAUAAAUAUUCAAACCAAAGUGUUAAUCGUAAAUACCAGCCGUGUGUUGUUAGCAUUUGUAUACUAUUAAACAGUGGAAUAAAAACAAUUAAUAGAAAUGUCAUUAUCUGUUUAAAAAAAAAAUAAGUUAUAUUUUAUAAUGUACGUCAUAUCAGUGUUAAACAAUAAUUUUAUAUUUUACUAGAUAGAUGGUGGAACUUAUGAUGUCUAAUCUUUAUCAAUAUUUUUGUUUCGUGGUAACUUUGGGUGUUAGUAUCGAACGUAAAAUAUUGGUCUGGCGCGACUUUCAUAGAGCGUUUUAGAAUAGCGAUCUGUGUAGUUAUACCAUUAUAGUUAAGUAUGUAGUGUAAUUAGUGAAUUUUUAAUGUCAAUGUGUGUGCUGUCAUGUUUUGUAAAUCAAUUAAGUAACGAUAGGUACUUGAAAGCAGUGACGUUAAAUAAUCCGGAUAAUAUCGUGUAUACAUACAUGUUAACAUUGACCAGUAAUGGACAUUGUUAUGUACGAUUUGUCUUGAUUUGAGGCGGUUUUUUCAAUCAUCAGAUAAAAGUUAUGCAGCAAAUAAAUUAUAAUAACCUGACUGAAUGUAGCAAUAAAACAAUAGAGGUAUUUAAUUCAACUGAAUUUUUACGUAUUUUUGUUUGACUAAUCUCAUAAUUGAAAUAGAUACUAAUAACUUUAAUCUGAUCAUUGAAAAAUCAGUUAGUGUUUGAUCCGUAAAAAUUGUAAUAAGUAUAAGAUAUUUUUGUUGUAAUGUAAUUUUAAACAAUCGUACCAAUAUAAAAAUAAAAAUAUUAUUAAUGUAAAUAAAAAAAUGCAGACAAAUCUAAAUGAAAAAUGUGAAUAGGCCUAAAUAUAAUUUUAUAUAACAAUGACAUUAAAAUAUAUCAUAUGAAAUCAUUCACCGGAAAUAUUUGUCAUCAGUUGAUAUUUAAGCAUUUUUAUUUUACUAUAAAAAACAUGUAUAAUUAAAAAAAAAUAUCAUAAAGAGUUGAUUAGCUAAGCCAAGUAUUUUGAACAUGAUAAUUAUAAUUAUCCUGCAGUGUUAUGAAAUAUUUAUUUCUUUCGUGCUCGCUCUAUGGCUAAUAUUGGCUAUAAUUGUAUUGACCAGUUAACUAAUUUCGGGGUAAAGAAGUUAAUAAUAGUCUUAACUUUCUAUAAUGCUGUUACACAAUAUCACAUUUUACCAAAAAAGCUGUGUCAAAAUAGUGUAAAAAUUCGCAGUCUGUCAAUAAAUGUGACAGCGUAAAAUGCUAUUAAAGAUUUGAAAAACACAAUAAUUAUAAUUUACUUUGGUCGGAGGCACUAAUAAAAACCGCAAACCUUAUAUACGUACAAAACCCUUAGUUGUUAUUUCACAAGAUAUUGUAGCUCGUUUAAACAUGUUUACUAUAUCUAGUAGUUGCAAGGUUUUGCCAUAGUUUUGACAUAAAGUGACCCAGUUGCUGACGCUAGCGUCCAACCGUUUUUCCGCGAAUUUGACUCGUCCAAACACUCACUAUCGUACCGUUCUACACGCUAACCGCGUGUGUACUGGCAAAUACAUUGUAUCUACACGGUCAAUUGGCAACAUUUGUGAACCGAGCCACUCAAUUUUCCGCUUUUAUUGACACAUUAUUAUGAAUCAUUAAUGCUUACAUUGGUUAUGGACAAUUUUGUAGAAUAAAGUUAGCUCUACCACCCCGAAAAUUGAGUUAAUCAACUUUUAUGAUUAUUUUCGUGUUACUUGCAAUUUAUGUAAAAUAUAAGCGGAAAUAAUUCCAUUAUUGUGGAACUAAUAUUCCAAUAGAAUUACAAUCUUUUAAAGAUUAGGUUGAUUAGAUGUAGAUAAAACAAGACGAAAUAAAGGAUUUAAAAAAAUAA